UCCCCAUGGCGGAGCUUUAGAUUAGGCACAAACCCUUCAAUGAUUCUGGUUCCCUUUUGUUUUCCUAGGAGCAAAAUUUCAUGGGUAUUGCACAAGUUUUUGAAUUGAAUCUCUUUUUCCCGUGAAUCUGCGUUCUAAUUUUGGUCAAGGGGCGAUGAAGUGUAUAUAUCUAUCUACACGUCUCUUUCACGAAUUUCAUUGAAGAGGAGAGUGGUUUUGAACUUUUUAGGUGAUGGGUGUCGCGGGUUUUGCACAAAGGAGGAAGCUUGGGAGGGUUUUUGAGGGUGGGUAUUGUUGAUUGAGCUGGAUCGGUGAGUGGAAUUGCUGGUGCAUAUUGCUUUUAGGUUCUGUGUUUUAUUGGUUUUGAAGAUUUCCGUAUCAUGGUUUUUAGAAGUUGGUGAUGGAUAGGGUGGGAUUGGUCUUGUGCUUGCACUAGAAUAAUAGUAAUUGGCCCUUUUUAUUUUUAUUUUUUGGCUUUGUUUGGUGUUGGAAGGAAAAGGGUAAUUUGGCUAUAGUUCUUAUGAGUGUGAGCUUGUGCUGUGAAUUGUAUAAGACUACUGCUCUUUGUGGUUGAUACUUUACAUUUUUCAUCGGUUGGAAAUAUUUGGCAUUGUUCAUCAACUUUGGUCCACAUAAUUCUUUGGUGGAGAGAACAAAAUGAGCUUAGAAAAUGAAGAUCAGAGCUUGUUGGAUCAGGAAACUGAUCAAGGAUUACAAAAGAAGUUAAAAAUUUCGUACACGAGGGAAUUUUUAUUAUCGUUAAGCGGAUUGGAUAUAUGCAGAGAGUUGCCUAGUGGAUUUGAUCGAUCACUUUUAAGUGAAUUUGAAGAUGCUUCUCAAGAACGACAGAGAAGUACAGGUGGUUUGUCAAUGCAUAGUUUUAGACGUAAUGAAUAUGGUUCAUCCCCUCCCACCAGAGGAGAUAGCUUUUCGCGAGGAAUUCAUGGAAAAUGGGAAACUCGUUCUUCUGGGCGGUCUGAUAGAGACAGUGAUUCUCAAUCUGAAUGGGAUUCAGAUUCUGGAAAACAUUUUGGCAAUCAAUCUCGUAGAUCUUGGCAAGGUCCUGAGCAUGAUGGGCUUCUAGGUAGUGGUUCGUUUCCAAGGCCCUCUGGGUAUGCGCCUGGGUUGUCUGCUCCGAAGUUUCGAGCUAAUGACAACUACCAGCUAUAUCGGUCUAAUGAACCUUACCAUCCUCCUCGCCCUUAUAAGGCCCCUCAUUCACGUAGGGAGACUAAUGACUCAUAUAAUGAUGAAACAUUUGGUUCUUUGGAGUGUACAAGUGAAGACAGGGCAGAAGAGGAAAGAAAAAGAAGAGCUUCUUUUGAAUUGAUGAGAAAGGAACAACAUAAAGCUUUCCAAGAAAAGCAGAAGUUGAGCCUGGACAAGAAUAAAGACGAAUUUGACAUAACUUCACUUAUUGACGAUGAUGAGAAAAGGCUAGUUAAUAGAAGCAACGAGUCUGUGGAGCCUCCUGUUUCUCUGGCAGCUUUAAGCAAUGACGAGAAAUCUUCUUCCCUUUCACAUACUCCUUCAGCGAGACCACUUGUACCCCCUGGUUUUGCAAGUACGAAGUUGGAAAGAAAUCUGGUGACCAAAACAUCCUCCAACACUCAUGCAACAGAGGUUGGACAACCUGUGCCCAGUGAUACCAGAGGUAACCAUGUAUUCAGUAUAAAUUCUGAAAAUAAAGAAGGAAAAUUAUUAACCCAGCAAGUGGAUAAGGAUCAGCAGAAUCUUCAAAGUACGAAUCUAAAUGUUUCAAUUAACCAUGAGAAAGAAAACAUUUUGAAUUUAUCAUCAGUUUUGGAUAUUCCUAACAUUAACAUAGGAAUGGGUGAUCAACUGAGGAAGAGAUCUGCUCUUUCAGAAGCCUUGGAAGCAUCAGAUGACAACGAGUUUAUUCAACUGAAUGCUGAAGUAAAAGGAAAGGAGGCCAUGGGAGAUUUUAAUCCAGAGAAUUCCAAUUUAAAUUCUAUCCUGUUUAAGCUUUUUGGUAAUGCUUCAGCUCUAGACAGUGACAAAUCAACUAGUAUUGUUGAGCCUGAUAAUAAAGCAGAUGAGACAUGGAGUCCACAUGCCUUCCAAUCUUCCAAGUUUGCUCAUUGGUUUGUUGAAGAAGAAAAGAAGCCAAUGGAUGACUUGGCACAUAGGCCAAAUGACUUGCUCUCACUUAUUGUUGGUGGUGAAAAAGGGGGGUCGCAGGUUUCUAAUGUAGAAACGACCCAGCAUAUUGCAUCUAAUUUUAAUUUCCACAAUCCUGAACCAGCUGAUGAGCAUAUGACAUCAAAUGCCGCACAUACCACUAUUGACAACUCUGAGCAACUGUACAAGAGUGAUAAACCUGAGGUUUUAUCAGCGUUUCUUACAUGUGAAGAUCUAGAACAGUCAAUUCUGUCACAAGUUAGCGACAAUGGUUCAUCAUGUCAGCAGCCCAUACAGGACAAAGAUUUUGAUGCAAAAGCUGAACAGUCAACUUCAAUUGAUAAUCACGCAUCCCAACACCUGCUUUCCUUGUUACAGAAAGGAACCUUGCAUAAAGAUAUGGAACUAUCCUCUAUUCUAGAUUCUACAGACAAGGUGCAUGACUCAGAAGGAGUCACUACUGGCAAUGUUCUUGAUAAUCCUGGAGAAGCAAAUGCAGAUGUUUCCAAUUCAUCAAAGACCUUGACACUGGAAACACUUUUUGGGUCAGCUUUUAUGAAGGAGCUGCAGUCAGUUGGAGCACCCCUUUCUGUUCAAAGGGGUUCAGUUGGAUCUGCUGGGGCUGAUGUUUCAGAGUCUCUUUUGUUUCCUUUCCCUACCUCAGACAAUGCUCACCCUCCUACGGGUGAACUUACACUGAACAGGCAUGGAAGCGGUGUCCUGCCAUCAGAAAAACCAAAUCAACCCAAAUCUAAUAGAUUUGAAGAACAGUGGUUGGGCUAUGGUGAUUCUCAGGGAGAUGUUAAUUCAUCGUUACUUCAGAGUGAAAUUUCCAAGGCUAGUGGUUUCAAUGGCCCUCGUGAUAUUCACUUCCCAGAAGAAGAUAGCUUGAUUGCAGUUAGUGAUCCUCUGCAAAACUUUUUAUCUGCUGGAAAUUCAGUUAAAACAGAAUUGUCUCAAGACACAACAGUUGACAUUACUAGAAAAUUGGCAGCUCUGAAUCCUGCAUUUAGAGAUGAUCGACUUAUGAGAAAUCAAGAUGGUCUACCAUACCCUCAUGGUCCUUAUGAUAUGAGGGACCCUGGUAUUCCAUAUCAAAAUCUUAAUGUCCAACGAUCUCCACAGCUCCACCCUCAGUUGAAUCACAUUGGUCCAAUGUUUAAUCAACUAGAUUCCCAUCCUCCUCAUAUUAGUUCAUAUAUGAAGCUUACAACUCCUGAGGGCAUGGUUCAUCAUGACUCACCCCCAAAUCAUCAAUUUCCAGGAAAUAUGCUUCGUCCUCCAUUCCAUCAACCAAGUAGUGGGCUAACUGGGUUUGAUUCUCCUGCUCAUCAUUCUAUGCUACAACAGAUGCAUAUGCAAGGGAACCUUCCUCCACCUCAUUUAUUGCGUGGAUUCCCAAGGGGUGCUCCUCUGCCACCUCAUCCCAACAAUCCAAUGUCUGGUUUCAUGCAGGAACCAAACCCAAUGCAAGGCUUCCCAUUUAGUGGUCAUCAGCAUCCUACUUUUGGUGGCCCUGGAAUGCAAGUGCAAGCUCCCGACGUUGCUGGUGGAAGAAAUCAUCCAGAAGCGCUUCAGAGGCUUUUUGAGAUGGAGCUCAGGUCAAACCCAAAGCCAAUCCAUGCUUCAGGGCAUAGCCAGGGGAUGUACGGUCAAGAGCUAGACUUGGGUUUUGGGUAUAGAUAGUGUAUUGUCAUUGUUGAUGUGUAUACUAGAUUGUGAAUCCUUAUGUUGUGCUGAUCUAUAACUCCUGCAUGAAAGAUGGGUUUAAUACGAUGCUUUUCUUUGGAAAAAAUAGCUUUUCUGUAAUUAAUGAAUUUUUCAUCAUUUUACGUUUAUCCGGGAUUUCAAUUUGCUGCCAUUUUUGUUCACACAUAAUCAAAGUGCUUCGAAGAUAUGAGUUUUGGAACAACGAUUGAUGAUGCUAUAUGCAGGAGGAAAGGAAUCUGAUGUUGGGGAUAUUAGGCACAUGAUCCAAUAUGGAAGGAAAAUAGUUAAGCAGAUGCUUUUGCUCAUGCCAAUGACAUGAUGUGAUUGUAUGAGAAAAAAAUUGGAGCAGUUUAGCAAGAGAAAAAAAAAAUACUGACAAAAUCUUUAUUACUCAAUCGUGUUCUUAAUUUUGUGGCAUACGUCUGAUACAAGAUGCAUGUUAUGAGCCCCACUUUUGCAUGUUUCAGUUUCACCUUUUGUGAUCCCGAGCUCUUGCUGGCAGUGUCAUGAUUAACGUGCUACCUCAUGUUGACUGGCACGUGUCUGAAAAAUUAAGGAUAGAAUUUGAAGGAAACCAAACAGAUGAGGGGAUAAAAUAUGAAGGGGUUAUGGUUUGACAGUGGAUUUACCCAGAUAUCGGGAACAUUUUACGCGAUAAAAAAUGUUAAUAUAACACAUUUAUCACUGAAUGAGAUUCAUAUAUAAUUCAAUUAAGGGGGGAAGUUUUACUUUUCAUUUAGUGAAUUUUAUAUCAUAUUUAAUGAGUCGUACAUAAAAUUUACUCAAAAAAAUUGAUGCUAACAUUCUUCCUUGUGGUGGGGUGGAAAGGUUAGAUUACACAAUAAAGUUGUCAGUAUAGUACUAAAGGUUUUAAUAGUUAUUGUUCUUAAAAGGAAACAUUUAUUCUAUUAAAGAUACAAAAAUGAUUUGAACUUUUAAUUACUUAAUAAAUCUUGAAAGAUAAAUGGCAACGUAAUCCUUUUAAUUGUGAAACAUUAGAGCAUAGUCAAUCCUCUUCUUAUAAAUCCGAAUGAAAUACCUCAAACUAUAAAAUGUUGAUAGUAUAUUGGCAUUUUUUAUUUGCUGAAGUUUAUAUACUAAUUUGCAUUUUUUCAUAUCUUUCUUUUAAAAAGCUAAUGUGUUAAUUGCCUUUUACAAGAACGUAGUUAUAACCUUUGUACACAAGUUACAAGUUUUGAAAAAGACGACGACAACAAAAUUAAAAAUUCAUAAAAAUUUUAUGAAUGUACAUAAUUAAAACAACCCUCACAGGGUGUUGAAAUUAUGAUUGCAAAAUUGAUGAGCAACUAUAACAGUCAGCGGAUUUUUUUAAGUAAUUUUAAAAUGACUUUUUUCAGCAUUAAAGAAAAGAAUCGACUUUGUCUUGGGCGUGAACAGAAAAUGCACUUGCUUUAAAAUUUUACACAUACUUGAAUAUACUUUUCUUUCUGGUAAAAAAAAUACUAUUGUGCAUGUGAAUGCAUAAAAUAAGUAAAAUUUACCUCUGCUGUUUAUUGGUUUAUAUACAACACAGGCAGCA